AUGCGGGGCACCACUGUAAUUGGCAUUAAGUAUCAGAGGCCGGUUGCCACCAGGACAAAUUUGGAAGCCCUGCAGAAGAAGUUGGAAGAACUGGAGCUUGAUGAACAACAGCGGAAACGACUUGAGGCCUUCCUUACCCAGAAACAAAAAGUUGGGGAGCUGAAAGAUGAUGACUUUGAGAAGAUCAGUGAACUUGGUGCAGGGAAUGGUGGGGUGGUCUUCAAAGUCUCUCACAAGCCUUCUGGCCUCAUUAUGGCAAGGAAGCUCAUUCACCUAGAAAUCAAGCCAGCAAUUCGCAACCAGAUAAUCCGGGAGCUUCAAGUCCUGCAUGAAUGCAAUUCUCCAUAUAUAGUCGGCUUCUAUGGAGCAUUCUACAGUGAUGGUGAGAUCAGCAUUUGCAUGGAGCACAUGGAUGGUGGCUCCUUGGAUCAAGUCCUGAAAAAGGCUGGCAGAAUCCCGGAACAGAUUCUGGGCAAAGUUAGCAUUGCUGUCAUAAAAGGUCUAACAUAUUUGAGAGAAAAACAUAAGAUAAUGCACAGAGAUGUUAAGCCAUCCAACAUUUUGGUAAACUCUAGAGGGGAGAUCAAGCUUUGUGAUUUUGGUGUCAGUGGACAACUGAUAGAUUCAAUGGCAAACUCCUUUGUGGGCACACGGUCGUACAUGUCCCCAGAAAGACUACAGGGGACUCACUAUUCGGUGCAGUCGGAUAUCUGGAGCAUGGGGCUCUCGCUGGUAGAAAUGGCUAUUGGCAGAUACCCGAUUCCCCCACCAGAUUCGAAGGAGCUGGAACUCAUGUUUGGGUGCCCCAUUGGGGCUGACUCGCCGAUCUCGGAGACGUCGCCCAGGCAAAGAACACCAGGCCGUCCCAUGAGUGCCUAUGGUUCCGAUAGCAGACCACCAAUGGCUAUCUUCGAACUCCUAGAUUAUAUAGUCAAUGAGCCUCCUCCCAAGCUUCCCAGUGGGGUCUUUAGUCCAGAAUUCCAGGACUUUGUGAACAAAUGCUUGAUCAAGAAUCCAGCAGAGAGGGCGGAUUUAAAGCAGCUUAUGGUCCACACGUUCAUCAAGAGAUCCGAAGCAGAAGAAGUGGAUUUUGCAGGCUGGCUGUGUUCCACCAUUGGCCUUAACCAGCCUAGUACCCCGACCCACGCUGGCGGAGUCUGACAAUCAAACAAGGAUGCAGAGAAUCCACCAAGUGCUGCUGCUACACAACCAUCAUUCCAAGGAGGGGGUUGACCAGGGAGCCCCACAGAAGACCCAAGGGCGCUUGGUGGAUUGGCAUUUGGGUCCUUCCUCCUAUUAGCUAUUUAAAGCAACGCUGUUUUGGUCCUGUUUCUUCAAAGCUUCUUGUCUACUAAAAAGUGCAUUUCCCCAUCCCAUUUAAGGAAAAACACCUCUCUCUACUUAGCAUGUGCCAAAUUAUUUUUCUGUGCCAACCUCUUUCUCUCUCUCUUUCAGAUUCUAAAAUGACAGCUGUUGUGUUUUGAUUACUUACUUUGUUAACUGACCAAACAUGUGAUGCUUUAAGUUAGUGGUAUGCCGAUUUGGAGUAAAUGCUGGAUACCCUUUUGCAAUGGGAAAUCUGGCUGGAGCUACUGCCUUCCUACCCCCUUGCCUAGGUUGUUUUGACAUGAAGCAUUUGUAACUUGGUGGUACUUUUCAGUCUUGCUUAGUCAGUUUCAGGCGACGUGGUAAGGGAUGCUUCGAACAAGCCUCUCCCCGAGCAUGUGUUAGCUGCUAUGAAUCCGAAAUCCAAGUUCCAGUCACUGUUCUGAGCUUUUUACAAUGAACUCUUGGUAAUGUGAGCAGGACCUCAGCAAAGCCUCCUCUUGUCAACAUAAAGAAGUCUGUUGGCACUUCUAUUUAUUUUUUCCAGUGUCGGUUAGAUAUUUUGGAAUUAGUGGUGCACUUCUCUCAGUUGAGAUUUGUAUUUUGAGAAAGAGAGAUAGGAGUAACCCUCAGCCAUGGUCAAAAUUGUUUUUUUUCCCAAAUGCCUCAGUAUCGGUUCCCUUCUAUAUCAGCUGAUGUUUGAUAUGAAAAACUGUGCAGACUUUGUGUUUGAAAAUUCUUUUAAUCAUUUUAUUCUUUCAGAUGUUGAGCAAUUUCAUCUUACACUAAUAAAUAUAUCAUGAAUUUA